CCGUGGGCGGGGCCUAACUUGGCUCAGCAAACCAAUCUCAGGUUGUGAUGCAGAGUGGCGAGAGCAGGAGGAGGAAAUACUGACUAUGGCCUGUUGCCGGCUUUUGGUACAAAGAGCUUUGCGAGCAGUUUCUGCUGGGAGGCGACUGCAUAGUGAAAAGUGUACGGAGGGACGCAUCCAAGAUGGACCAAAGACGACAAAGGUUCCAAAGAUCUAUACAAAAACAGGAGACAAAGGUUUCUCCAGUACAUACACUGGAGAGAGGAGGCCCAAAGAUGAUCUGCUGUUUAAAGCACUGGGAGAUACAGAUGAACUAAGCUCAGCUAUAGGGCUUGCAAGAGAAUUCAGUCUAGAGGCCAAUCACGUAUUUGUGUCUGAACUUGAAAAGAUCCAGUGUAUGCUGCAGGAUGUUGGAUCAAACAUUGCAACUCCACUGUCUUCUGCUAGAGAAAGCCACAAAGUGAGAACAUCAUUCAGUGCAGAACCUGUUCGGGAGCUGGAGGAAUGGAUUGAUAAAUACUCCUCUCAACUACCUCCACUUACUAACUUUAUUUUGCCUUCUGGAGGUAAAACCAGCGCUGCCCUUCAUGUUGCCCGAGCAGUGUGUCGCAGAGCAGAAAGGAAAGUAUUUAAAAUCAUACAGACGGGAGAGGCAGAUGAAAAUGUUGGAAAAUACUUAAACAGGCUAAGCGAUUGUCUGUUCACAUUAGCGAGAUAUGCCGCACAAGCAGAAGGCAGGAAAGAGACAGUCUAUACACGAACACCCUGAAGCUUCCAUACCUGUUGUGUAACAUCUUCAGGUGCAAAUAGCAUUGUAUUUCAAUAUUCCAUCUGGCAGCUAAAAGUCUGUCUGAGUUUGCCGUAUGGACAGCGAGAUUGGUACUGAUUUGGACUCCCACAUCCAAGACCUGCAUAACUUAUUCUCCACAAGAGAAUUCAAUGUGCGUGUGACAAUGUGACAGCAAAUAAAGAAGCAAUCAUUUUA